AUGUCCGACGCACAGCUCUACGAAGAGGCCUUCAACGUCAACACCCUCCUCGACCAAGCCUACGACCGCGUCCAUCGAGUCAUCGGCACAAGCCAGGACUCGUCCACAUCCUACACGCUCGACAUCAAUUGCGAACUCUACCCACUCGUCGCAGGAGAGACAUUCUCCAUGCUGCUGGCUUCGACGUUGAACUUGGAUGGUACGAAAGACGAGGGUCAGGGAUGGAGAGGGAAGUCGACGGGCUCGACACUGGCGGAUUUGUGGGAUUAUGUCUGCUAUGGGAAAGUGUACAAGGUGGAAGAUCCGGAGGAUGGGGAUAACAUCAAGGUUUACAUCUCCUUUGGCGGACUUCUUCUAAGCCUGAACGGUCCUUACAAGAAGCUUUCACCUUUGAAGAUCGAGUACGUCUACAUGCUGCUCAAGAAGUAG